CUAUAACUCAAUAGUCAUAAAAAUUUGACUAAUAAGAGAGGUUUUGGUGCAAAUAUAAAUAGCAACAAAACUUGCUAAUUAUGUCAUAGAAUUCUAAGGACAAAACAGUUUACAAUAUAUUUGUCCUCUCAAUUAUAUUAUUGGUUUUAAUUUUAAGAAUAUUAUUUAUACAAAAAUGGGAAGAUGGGGAAUUAUAGAAGAAGAAUGGAGAAAAGGUCCUUGGACAGUUGAAGAAGAUAAAUUGCUCAUUGAAUAUGUUAAUUUGCAUGGUGAAGGUAGAUGGAAUUCUGUUGCCAGGCUUGCAGGAUUGAAAAGAAAUGGAAAAAGUUGUAGGUUGAGAUGGGUGAAUUACUUAAGGCCAGACCUUAAGAGGGGGCAAAUUACUCCAUAUGAAGAGAGGAUAAUUCUUGAACUUCAUGCUAUAUGGGGAAAUAGAUGGUCAACAAUUGCUAGAAGCUUGCCAGGGAGAACUGACAACGAAAUCAAGAACUAUUGGAGGACUCAUUUCAAGAAAAAGGUGAAGAAAUCAAGUAUGGACAACUUCGAAAAAACAAAAGCUCGUCUUCUGAAAAGACAACAGUCUCAACAGAAGCAAUUAUUGAACAGUCAAAUCGACAUGAAAAGGUUCAUGUCACAAAAUGAGAAUAAAGUUCCAAGUCAUGUACCAAAACAAGACAUGGCCAUUUUGUACCAAAAUAACUCAUUUCAUGAGCAAGAGCAAAGUGGUUUCUUCUAUUCUAUGAACAAUGGAUAUGCUAUUGUGCCUGAGGCCUCGUCUAAUGAAGACAUCAUGUGGGAUAUUGGCUUGUGGAACUUGGAUGAUUUUAAUGUUAAUUUGCCGGUGUCAGCGGUGGAAUUAGGAUUUGCAAUAAAAGAGUUCAAAAUAUGAAGAAGUAAACACACGAAAAGUCGCAGGGGUUUAACAUUCAAUGUAUCAAAAUAUAAUUUUAACCAAAAAGAGGGUGAACCCAGCCCUAUCGGGCCUACCG